UCCUGCAGUGUCCCGCUGUAGGACAGUCUGUGUGAACUCGGGAGGGGAAGCGCUGUUAAAACUCCCAGGAUUUACACUCUGCCAUUUUGAGGAAAACCAGCCGACAUCAAGAGUACAGACAAACAGACGCGUCCAGGUCAUGGCCUGAAUAAGAGAAGACACACUGUGAAAUAGGAGAAGGCCUCAGGGGGAAUCAAGCCCAAUAAAGGAAGAAUUGUGGAUUUGAACAGGUCAACGCUCCUCUACAGCCAUGUGUUCCACAAAUCACUCAAACUGGGUCACAUUUGAAGAUGACACCACACCACUCUCCUCCCCUCAGAAGCCCCAACAAUCACCGGAGCAUAUCAAAGCAGCAUUACCACGUCCCAAUGGUUUGAAAUUAGUUCUUCCUCCAAUCAGAGACACUUCCUGGAGCUUCAAUAGUUCUCUCGAAUCCCCUCAAAGCCACUCAAGUCUUAGUGGAAGUUCCUGUGUGCCAUGUAACACGCCCCUUUGCACUCCCGUGAGUGGGGUUCCUAGCAGUGCCUCCCCAUUUCACUCCAACACGUGGGAAAAGAACGACUUUUUCCGCAGUCUCUCGAGUACGUCUACCACCUCUGCUCCCUCUCCUGCGCCAGAAGCCCUGCACCAAACCUCAGACGGACCAAGCCCCUUCCCUUCUUUCCAGGGAAACUCAGGACACUAUAACCCCUUCUGGGAUGCAUCUAGACACAGUGCAGAUGUCGACAGCUCCUCCUCAGACUCAGAAUCUGAAUCCCACAGCAGCCUACCACGUUUCUUCAUUCGGACCAAAGACGGCAGUGAGCCUCCACGUGACCAUCUCCAAAACUCCCUCUCCUACGUUUGCCACAAACUGGAAGGCCUUAAAGCAACUGCGACAGAGAUGGAAAAUGGUGGCACGAGACGGCUAAGAUGCAAAAGUGAGGUGUUAAGCGGGGAUUCAUCUCAGUUUGUUCCCCGUGGUCUAUUUCGAAGCCAGAAGCGAGACGGCUGGUCUGUCUUGCUCAGGAUUCCUGAGAAAAAGAACCGCAUGUCCUCACGACAGUGGGGGCCAAUCUACCUCCGCCUGUUGCCAGGAGGCGUGCUGCAGAUGUACUACGAGAAAGGGCUGGAGAAACCGUUCAAGGAGUUCCAGCUACUCCCCCAAUGCAGGCUCUCGGAUCUUAAACUGGAAAGCUACGGCGAGCCCCGCAAAGUCCACUCUGUCAAGGUAGAACAUUACUCUUAUACAGAAAAGAAACGCUACCACCCCAAGCUGGAGGUUAGCCAUGAGGCGGAGGCAGAAGAGCUGCUGAAGUUUGGCUCCACAGCCCACGAAGACAUGGAGGACCUGGUCGUCUCCAUGGAGGAGGAAAUCUUUAAGUUGUGUUUGCACCACCAGCAGAGGCGGCACUACGAGGAGCAGGAGCUGUCAUUGCAGAUCACCGAUCAUAUCUGGGUCCAACUAGAUAAGUUCGGCGAAGUCAUCGAGCGGACAGCCUUCACCCAGAUUCACUGUCUGUCUUUCCUGAACGGACUAGGGGAUUGUUUUCUUGCCCUGAACGAUCUCGGCCUGCUGCGCUUUAACUCCAGCUACGGGUCAGAGGAGGAAGCCGACGGCUGGAUGGAGAUCGCGGAUUGCCAUUUUCACAAAUGUGUGAACGAGACAGAGUUUCAAAGGUCCCGGCUGAUAAAGUUUGCACCUCCCGAGGCCUGCAGGGUGGAGCUGAUGCGGUACAAGACGGAGAUCCUGGGUUGCACAGAAAUUCCCUUCUCAGUCAAAGCCGUCGUCACAGUUCAAGGUGCCUACGUGGAGCUCCAGGCCUUUCUUAACAUGACACCCAACUUCCCCUCCUUAGUGAGGGUGUCUGACACAUACCCUCUGUGUGAGAAUGUACUGAUCCGUGUGCCGGUGCCAGGCGAAUGGGUCAAAGUCACGCAGACAGUGGCCUUGUUGCGGCAGAAGUCGCUGAAGGCCCGCAUGAACAGAAAUGCCUGCUUGGGCGCUGUCGGCACUGCAGAUUCUCAGCCUGUCAUGCAGGUGACAAUCGGUACUGUCAAGUAUGAGAAUGUAUAUUCAGCCGUCGUGUGGAGGAUUGACCGACUACCAGCAAAGAAUACGGCAGUGGAUCAUCCCCAUUCGUUUUCCUGCAAGCUAGAGCUAGGAUCUGAUCAGGAGAUCCCGAGUGACUGGUACCCCUUUGUCACGAUGGAAUGUGAAAUUAUGGGCGCAGUUGUUUCUGGAACCAGAGUGAAGUCGCUGGGCACUGCCAACGACAUCCAGCCACAGAAAAAUGUGACCAGUUGGACGCGCUAUCAUUGUCAGGUGGAGGUCGAGAAGAAAUGGAUUGAAACUGAGUCACAGAAGCAAUCCGGGUGUAUGACACAAUAAUAAAUCAAAGACGCUCUGACGAGGAUGUCAUCCCUUUGUUCAAAGAAAUUGAAAAGGGAUGACAACAAAAUGAACAAAAGUAACGGUGAUGAGAGACUUUCUGCUUCUGUGUCAAAUUCAUAUAAAUACACAUAGCCUGCUAGUCUUUCUCAUGGAGGUUAACCGAUUAGUCUAGACCUAAUAAAGAAUUUAAGAUGGUCCUUUUGCAUAGCACUUUACAUUUAAUAGUUUUAUUAACUGUAUGACCACAGUUUAUAUGAGUACUGUAUAUAAGCUUGCAUUUGCAUCAUCUGCACUGCCCUCCAGAAUGAUUGGCAGCCUUAAUAAAUGUAGAUGCAAUGAGCUGCAUGAGAUAAACAGCUUAAGUAAUGAGCAAUAUUUACUGAAAUUGAGACAAGUAUAAUCAGCAGAUGUUUGAACUCGGCUCCUCUUUUUGUCUGGCAAUGCUUAAAGUUCACAUACCUUCAAACUAAUUAAUUUUAGAAUGAAUCCGUCUGAGGAUACUUCUGUGUCAUUGGCAUAUUUGAUUAAAAAAUGUUUGCAGGCAGUAUGUAGGUUAUUCCUUGCAUCCCCUUAAGAUUCAGAACAAAUUUGAAAUUUGAAAAAGGACAAUAGUUUUGUAAUUAUAGUUGCACAAUAGCAUUGGUUCAACGGGGGGUCACAUCAUGGUGAGCCCUGCAGAUCAGGACUUGUUUAAAGGGUUUUAAUAACAAUUAUUAGAAAUGUAGUUGAACUCACUGGGGCUCAAUGCCAAUCGGCAGCCAUUCUCGGCAGUAAAACCACAAUUAAAGCUCCAAAGCUACAUUACACAAGCACACCAUUAUAUCAUUUUUCAGAGUUAACCCAAUAAAUUCAUAUUUGAAGGGUAAUUGUGUUAACAAAGAUACAACUCAUUACUUGUGUUGCUUACCUCAGGCUGAUCUUUGACUAUAUACAAAGGUUGUAUUCUGGAGGAAUGUAUUUUAUUUAAACAAAUCAAAUCUUUAUUGUGUGAUCUUUCUGCCUCUGGGUUGUGAAUAGGCUGGCUACAAAAGAAUAGUGAAGCUUCAGAGUGAGCAAAAUGGCCUUCAGUGAUGACUUUUCUGUGUGAGGUACCUAGCUUAAGCUGGAUAUUAUGUACAUCAAGAGUAAACAUUUUUAAUUAAAGCUGAA